GUUAAAAAGCGUUAGCUCGACAGAAAUCUUGAAAGAAAAUAACAUCCUUCUCUCUCUCUUUCUCUCUCAACUUAUAUAUAUCUAUAAAUCAAAAAAUCCUCUGCUCCAUCUCAUCUUCCUAAUAGUUAGUCGUGCCUUGGUCAGAACUCAGAAUGUAUUGUUUCUGAUACUAAUCUACCAAAAAUAAAAUUCAAAAAAAUUCUGUAUGUUCUAAAUUUUGGAGACUGUUCAUACAGUCUUCUUACUCUUUUUGGUCGUCGCUUUCUGUUUCUCUCUUUUCUUGUUUUGUUUUGUUUUUUUUGCUUGAGCUAUUGUGGUCAUCACCGGAGAUGGAAGUUGUUGAGAAUUCGAAAAAUCGGACUAAUUCUCCGGAGAAAAAACGUGGAGGCUGGAGAGCCAUUUCGUUCAUCCUUGGAAAUGAGACGCUGGAGAGAAUGGGAACGCUGGGGAUAUCGGCGAAUUUUAUGGCGUAUUUAACCAAAGUGCUCCACAUGGAGCUAGUGGAAGCAUCCAACGUUUACAACUUGUGGAUGGGUUUCACCAAUCUCGCACCACUCCUCGGUGCUAUAAUCUCCGACGCCUACGUUGGCCGCUUCAAGACCAUCGCGUUCGCCUCCUUCUUCUCCCUUCUCGGACUAUUGACGGUGACACUCACAGCUUGGCUGCACCAACUCCACCCACCACCGUGCAACAACAUCCACCAUCCAGAGACUUGCGACGGUCCAAACAAACUCCAGCUCGUAAUUCUCUUCCUCGGUCUCGGCUUUCUCUCCAUCGGAAGCGGCGGAAUCAGGCCAUGCAGCAUCCCUUUUGGAGUCGACCAGUUUGACCAAAGAACAGAGAAAGGACUUAAAGGAAUGGCCAGUUACUUCAACUGGUACUACUUAACUUUCUCCAUCGUUCUCAUCAUCUCGCAUACCGUCAUUGUGUACAUACAGGACAAUAUCAGCUGGAUCAUCGGGUUUAGCAUACCGACCGGUUUAAUGGCUUGCGCGGUCGUUCUGUUCUUUGUCGGUAUGCGGUUUUACGUGUAUGUCAAACCAGAAGGCAGUGUGUUCUCUGGUGUUGCUCGAGUCAUCGUGGCUGCUCAUAAGAAACGAAGCCUCGAGAUUCCUAUGGAGGAUGAUGGGACAGUGGAGUAUUAUAAUCCUCCUUCUAAACCUGACGUGUUAUCCAAGUUACACCUUACCAACCAGUUCAAGUUCCUCGACAAAGCGGCGGUGAUCGCAGAGGGUGAUCUGACAUUGGACGGAGUUCAAGCGAAUAAGUGGAGGCUAUGUAGCGUUCAAGAAGUUGAAGAGGUCAAAUGUUUGAUGAGAGUCGUUCCGGUUUGGUCUGCUGGAAUAGUCUCCAUCGUUGCAAUGUCCACACAAGCAGCUUUCAUAAUCCCUCAAGCUACGAAAAUGGAUAGACACAUGGGCCAGCACUUUGAGAUCCCGGCCGGUUCUGUAUCCGUCAUCACUUUCAUUACAAUAGGUAUUUGGGUGCCUAUCUACGACCGCGUCUUAGUCCCAUCCUUAUGGCGAAUCCGCAAGUUCAGGCUCACGCUUCUUCAACGGAUGGGGAUAGGGAUCGUCUUCGCCAUUCUAGCCAUGUUCACUGCAGGAUUUGUGGAGAGUGUGAGGCGCCCACGAGCUUUAAAGUCGACACAAACGUCAGUGUUUUGGCUAGCGUUGCAGCUGAUGCUGAUGGGACUCUGCGAGUCGUUUAACUUCAUCGGACAGAUCGAGUUCUUCAACAGUCAGUUCCCGGAACACAUGAGGAGCAUCGCGAAUUCGCUGUUCCCGCUCUCGUUUGCCGCAGCUCACUAUCUAACCAGUCUGCUGGUGACCACCGUGCAUAAAUUCUCUGGCGGGAAAGACCACCCGGACUGGCUGAACAAUGACCUUGACAGAGGGAAAUUGGAUUACUUCUACUAUAUGAUUGCCGGUUUGGGUGUGGUUAACCUUGUCUAUUUCUGGUACUGUGCCAGAAGUUACCACUACAAGACCGGUUCACAAAUCGAAGAUUUCGAAGAGGAAAAAUCUUAGGUAGACCAGAACGAAACCACAUACAUGAUCAAUCUAAAAGUUAUGAACCCUACCCUAGCUGUUCGUGCUAUAUGGAUACAAAUAUAUAAAGCUAUAUUUGAUCAUCAG